AUGGACAUGACUCUCAAUGAACAAGCAUCCUGGAACGCACAUCUCCAGACGCCCGUCAUCUUCAAUCACCACCAGCCGUACGAGGUCAACUCUUCGACUAUAACGCACGUCGACCUCAACCCUAUCAAGUCGACCAAGAAGGCCGUCGCCAAUGAGGAGCGUGUUCUCAUUCUAACCCCUCUCAAGGAUGCCGCUCCCUACUUGUCCAAGUACUUCGAACUGAUCGCUGAGCUGACAUACCCGCAUCACCUAAUUGAUAUCGCUUUCCUCGUCUCGGAUUCUACUGACGAUACUCUUGCUGUCCUGGCAUCUGAGCUCGACCGGAUUCAGAAGCGACCUGACAACAUUGCCUUCCGGAGCGCAAUGGUCGUUGAGAAGGAUAUGAACUUCAAGCUCAGCCAGAAUGUCCAGGACCGUCACGGCUUCGAGGCUCAGGGUCCCCGCCGAAAGAACAUGGGCAGAGCCAGAAACUACCUUCUGUCUGCUGCCAUGAAGCCGGAACAUUCCUGGGUUUACUGGAGGGACGUCGACAUUGUUGACAGCCCUAAGAAGAUCAUUGAGGACUUUAUUGCCCACGAUCGAGACGUUCUCGUGCCUAACAUCUGGUUCCACCGGUACAGAGAUGGUCGUGAUGUCGAAGGACGAUUCGACUACAACUCCUGGGUUGAGACUGAUAAGGGCCGGAGGCUGCAAAACAGCCUGGAUAAGGAUGUCGUCCUGGCUGAGGGUUACAAGCAAUAUGACACUGGCCGUACCUACAUGGCUCGCAUGGGUGACUGGCGCAAUGACAAGGACGAGGAGAUUGAGCUUGAUGGCAUUGGUGGCGUCAACAUUCUCGUCAAGGCCGACGUCCACAGAUCAGGCAUCAACUUCCCUUGCUACGCCUUUGAGAACCAAGCCGAGACUGAGGGUUUCGCGAAGAUGGCUAAGCGCGCAGGCUAUGGCGUCUACGGUCUGCCCAACUACGUCGUUUGGCAUAUUGAUACCCAAGAGAAGGGUGGAAAUGCGUAG